AUGUCUGACGAUGAAAGAGUAGAUGCCCCAGAAUACAAGCCAUCCAAGAAGGUCACUGUCGAUGAGCUUAUGAAUCAAGAUGCAGAAGAUGAAUCACUCCGUAAAUACAAACAAGCAUUGUUGGGUAGUGCUGUUGCUGGUCCAAAGGAUGACCCAAGAAGAGUCGUCGUUCAGGAGAUGAUUGUCAUGUUUGAAGACCGUCCAGGAGGUAACAUCACCUAUAAUUUGGAAACCAAAGAGAGUAUCGAGAAGAUGAAGAACACCCCAUUCGUUCUCAAGGAAGAAUGUAAAUAUAAGAUCCGUAUCGUAUUCAAGGUACAACACGAUAUCGUAUCUGGUCUCAAGUAUGUCAACACAGCCUACAGAAAGGGUAUUAAAGUUGCCACUGUCAAGAAUAUGUUGGGUAGUUUUGGUCCACAAGCUGCAUACCACGAGGUCACCGUUCCACGUAAUGUUUGGGAAGAGGCACCAUCUGGUAUUCUUGCCAGAGGUAGCUACACUGCCAAGAUCACUUUCGAGGAUGACGACGGAGCUAAACAUCUCGACAUCGAAUAUGGUUUCUCCAUCAAGUCUGACUGGUCCAAAGAAUAA